GAGAGCUUAGAAGGAAGCAACAUGACAAUGGCUAUCAUUCCUGAUGCAGAGAUGUUGCCAACAGUUGUUGGCAUUGCCAAACUCUCAGAAGAAGAGAGACAUGCAAAUAUUCAUGAAGAGGACAUUAAUAGACUUACCAACAUUGCUAUCACACAAUGCAUUGGUGAAACUGAUGCCAAUUUAGAUGCAGUAAUUGCUCACUAUGUGGAGACUAUAAACAAAUACAACUUGUGUAACUUAGGUUAUCCCGGAAAUCAAGACUUCAACUAUGAAGCAUUAGCACCGUUACUUCAAUUUCUCUUGAACAAUGCUGGAGAUCCAUUUCUUGGAAGCGGCUUUUCUCUCAAUUCAAUGACAUUUGAAGUUAGUGUGCUUGAUUGGUUUGCUAAACUAUGGGAGAUAGAGAAGGAUCAGUACUGGGGAUACGUCACAACUGGUGGAACGGAAGGGAAUCUUCAUGCGAUUUUAGUAGCGAGAGAACAAUUUCCAGAUGGAAUUCUAUAUACCUCACAAGAUUCACAUUAUUCGAUAUUCAAAAUUGCAAGAAUGUAUCGAAUGCAAUGUGUGAAGGUUGGCUCUUUAUUAUCAGGUGAAAUUGAUUGUGUUGAACUAGAGGCUUCUCUACUUUCCCACAAGGAUAAACCAGCCAUCAUCAAUCUAAACAUAGGGACAACUUUGAAAGGUGGGAUUGAUGAUCUUGAUCUUGUAAUACAAACACUAGACAAAUGUGGUUUUACUCGUGAUCAAUUCUACAUUCAUUGUGAUGGAGCUUUAUUUGGAAUCAUGUUGCCUUUUAUCCAACAAGCUCUAAGGAUUAGCUUCAAGAAACCUAUCGACAGUGUAACUAUUUCAGGUCAUAAGUUUUUGGGAUGCCCAUUUCCUUGUGGUGUUUUGAUAACUCGUUUGAAAUAUAUCAAUGCACUAUCUAGAGAUGUUGAAUAUAUUGCUUCAAGGGAUGCUACAAUCACAGGUAGCCGUAGUGGGCAUGCUCCAAUCUUUCUUUGGUAUGCUCUCAAAAAAAGGGGUUUAAUAGGACUCGAGAAUGAAGUACAUGAAUGCAUAACGAAUGCACGUUACUUACUAAAUCAACUACGUGAUGCUGGAAUUGGUGCAAUGUUAAACGAGUUUAGCAACAUAGUUGUUUUUGAGAGACCCUUUGAUGAUCACUUUACUCGUAGAUGGAAUUUAGCAAGCAAUGGAAAUAUUGCACAUGUGGUAGUGUUGAAGCACAUUACUAUUGAAAUGCUUGACACCUUUGUUUGUGAAUUUAUCCAAAAACGAUCGAUUUGGUCUAAAGAUGGACAAUUUCAGCUUCCAUGUAUUGCAAGCGACGUUGGUUCUAGAAAUUGUGCUUGUUCGAUACACAGCUUAUCAAGAAAUUAUUAGCUAGAAUAUAUGUGAUGUUAAUUUA